CUUUGUCUGAAGAUCUUCUGGAGUGCAAUUUUAGAUAUAUACAGGUUUCCCAACCAGCCUAUUUGCAGAAUUGUAUACAAUUGUUUCAGUGAAUGUGUCUACAAGAAUAUGUUUCGUCUUCGAAUCAGUAAAUACAGUGUCAAGUCUGUUAACGUUAUGGAAAGUCGAGCUCGUGAGAGAUGUGCAACUACCUGAUCUGCGCACAUACUGACGGAUAUGCCACAAUCUUUUAGACCUAGAAUUUCAUUGUAGAAAACCCACGUUGUAUAUGAGCUCCUCGUUUUCAAACUUUCAAAUCGGAUUUACGUAGUGGAUAUGGCGGGACUCCUGCAUCUACUGUAAGGUGGGCGUGAAUGUUCGCCCCUUUAAGUGGCUGAGAAUCUAAGUGCUCAAGUUCUUUUCGCUCCAGGAUAAGAAGUUUUGGAGUUCUACGUGUGCUUUGCUGGUAUGUUCACUCAAGCGUAGCGGAUACUGAAAACCGCGGCAGCAAUCGUGGCUAUGGCCCUGUGAUCACCAUUCGCUAUGCAUCAGCUCUCCCCACGUCGGCAUGCGCCGCAUUUCAGCGAUUCAGGCGGCAGGCCUGCACUUCAGUGUGUUUCAUUUGUCACUCAGCCGUCUCUGAGGCUUCUUUCUACUUGUUUGCCAUGGUCUAGGAGAAGUCUUGCUGGUGGGCUGUCACUUUAUUUUCGCGGCAGUGGUUUACCAACGGAACGAACUUUAGGGAGAGCAGUUGUGGUCGAGGGAGGUGGAUGGAAGAGGAAACCUAGAUGUUUUGGAGUUCAGUGCGCAGAUGACGAGAGAGUUUGGGCACCCACUGAGGACGAGCUCAUCGAGGAUAAAACCUCUGCUGGAGUCGAGAAAGACGCGUGGGAGAGUGACUUAUCUGACGAAGACGUACGGGUGCUUGCAAAAUUCCAAUCCGUGUAUAACUUUGUACAGGUCUUGGAGGUUUCAAGAAGAUCUGAACAUCCAUUGGCCGGCUGUAAGCUCCUUCUCCUUGACAGGUCUGGUAAUAUACAGAGUGUGUACCACCCUUACAAAUUGAUCACAAGCUCUUACUAUGAUAUCUUCGCCUCGCUACCCCCUAUUAUUCCUGAUGGCCCUGUGGGGAUUCUUGGUCUUGGAGCUGGCACUGCUGCGCGGAUGAUCCACCAAUUUUGGCCCCAUAUCAACUUACAUGGCUGGGAACUUGACGCUUCCGUCGUCAUGGUUGCCCGACAAUUUUUUGACAUGAAAGAGCUAGAAGAAGGAAAACCGCCCGUCAAUGGAAGAUCUGCGUUUGAAUUGGAAGAAGAUGCAUCACAAUUGGCAGAUGAAGGAUCCAUAAUUACAGGCAGUCCAGGAACUAACUCAAAUGACAUUGGGAGGUUAGUAGUGCAUAUAGGCGAUGCCCUUAGCUGUAAAGCACCAACGGAGGAAGGUUUUGCAGGCCUCAUUGUUGACUUGUUUAGCGAUGGAGCGGUGAUACCUGCCCUUCAGCAGCCUCAAACUUGGCAGCACCUUCGUGAACAACUGAAGCCAGGAGGUCGCAUCAUGGUCAAUUGUGGAGGUUCUUGUGUGGAAGCAGAUGGGAAGCAUGCUAAGGAUGGUAAUACGACAAUGGAGGAAACAAUCCACGCAUUAGCCAAGAUUUUCCUUAACGAGGUCCUCCGAUUCGAAUUUCCUGGAAAAUCGAAUAACUCUGUAGCUCUGACAGGUCCCUCCCCUGACUGCCAAGCUUGGGAGCAAGCCCUGCCCAUAACAUUGAGGGACACCGUGUACGGUUGGUUGCCAAUCUACUGAGCCUUCGUCUCGCAUUGUACGUCGUCCUUGAAAAUUUGAUGUGUUCGGUAUUUUUAUCUUUUUUCGUAGCCGCACAAAUCCAUGUCGGACCCAACCCACAACAUCGAAUGCUAUGCUAACGUCCUCUUGAGGGGCAAGGUUGCCUAACUUAGCUACAACACAAAUGUUCAAUUUUUUUGACCAUGAGAAAUAUGAGGUAGCUAUGUUGUCAUGUGGGCUUGUUUCUUCAGGAAUAUUUAUGUAGAAAACAAAUGGGUGAACUACCACUUCUCAACUUCAUGGUUGGAACUACAGUUAUCUCGCUCAUGAUAUUUGUAAUUUGCUCUUAUCUCAAGCUCCACGAACUGAACUGGAGUAUUCAGAGAGGAAAGUGUCGGUUGUAAUAAAGUUAUGCGACAAGUAGCUCUUCGAAUAAAAAGAAA